AUUCAUCGGUGAGACGUUGUGGUUGACAGUAUCAAAAGAGAAAAUAAAAAAGUUUGAGAUAAGAACUUUUUCCUAAUUUUUAUUUUGUGUCGAGAAGAAAAAAGAAGAAGAUCGAAAAAAAAUUAAAUUGAUUAAAACUUGAUAAAUAGUAAGAAAAAAUAAGGAGUGAAUAAUGGAAAAGUGGGAAGGAAAAGUUGCCGUUGUGACUGGCGCAUCAGUUGGUAUUGGUGCAGCAUUAUGUCGAGCAUUGGUAGAAGCUGGAAUGAUCGUUUGUGGCAUGUCUAAGCGCAAAGACAAAAUGGAAGCAAUCCGUCGAACAUUAUUUGGAGUAAAAGGCAAUUUCAACUGCAUAGAAUGCGAUAUUCGUGAUGAAAAUCAAGUCGCUGCAGCUUUUAAGUGGAUCGAAGAAGUUUGCGGUGGUGUUGAUUUGUUAAUAAAUAAUGCUGGAGUUAUUACAAAAGGAUUACUGCUAGAUGCAAAAAAUACAACUGAAUUGUACAGAACGAUGGAAACUAACAUCAUUGGUUUAUGCCUUAUCACACGUGAAGCUGUCAAAUUAAUGAAGAAAAGAGACGAGGAAAAAGGCACAAUUGGUCAUAUUGUCAAUAUCAACUCUAUCUUCGGACACAAAAUUCAUGCUUGUGUGCCUGGCACAAAACCGCUAAAUGGAAUGUAUCCGGCAUCAAAGUUCGCGGUGACUGCGAUCACAGAAUGCGUACGUCAGGAGCUCUUAUACUUAGGCACAAAAAUUAAGAUCACAAGUAUUUCACCAGGUCUAGUUGAAGGUGAUAUCGGAACCUUGAAUACUUCUCAUGACAUGAUCAAAUUAAUGCCAAAACUUAAGCCCCAAGAUGUAGCCGAUGCAGUUUUAUAUGCGAUCAGCACACCUGAAAAUGUCUUGAUUCAUGAAUUGAUUAUUAAACCUGUGGGCGAGUUUCUGUAAACGCUGAUAAAUUGCAAUGAUCAUCAUAAAUCAAGCUUGAUUGUCUUCUAUUUCUUCUUUUUUCACUCAUGUGCUAUAUGUAUGACAAGAUGACAAGAACAAAACAGAAAGUAUGAUGAAAAAAGAAAAAUCAUUUAAUUUUUUUUAUUAUUAUUAAAUAUUGUACAAGUAAGGGCGGUUUUAAAUAAAAGCAAGUAUUAAUUAACUCA